GGUUAGCAUUUGUGUUCUCUUGUAAUGGCUUCCACAAAAUUAAUUGGAGACCAAUCAAGAGAUGAACAAGAUCAAGCAAGACAAAAAGACGAUCAACAAUUAAUCCUCUCACUUCCUAAAGAAAAUGGGUGGAUGCCAUUCGAAUAUUAUUAUUACUUUCAAGGUUUUUGGUGUCCAUCAGAUCUUAUCCAAUCGGUAAACUCUUUCCAAAAAUACUUUCAAGCUAAAGACAAUGAUGUUAUUGUUUCGAGCUUACCAAAAGCUGGCACCACUUGGAUGAAAGCACUUACAUUCGCAAUUGUUAAUCGCAAUAAUUUUCCAUCCUUCGAUGAUCAUCCAUUACUUAAGUCAAUCUCUCAUGAUUUAGUACCUUACUUUGAAUUUAAUGUUUAUGGUACUGGAGAUAUCUGUGAUCGAUUUCCUCAAGUUGACUCGUCAAAAAUGAUUGAACCAAGGAUUUUUGGAACUCACAUUCCAUUCCAUUCACUUGCCAAGUCAAUUAAGAAGUCCAAUUGUAAGAUAAUUUAUAUAAGUAGAAAUCCAUUUGAUAAUUUUGUGUCUGCUUGGUUUUUUGCUAAUAAAGCAAGGUCAAAUCAUCAAUCUUUACAAAAUUUAAGCUUAGAAGAGGCUUUUGAAAAUUACUGCAAGGGUAUAACUCCAUUUGGUUCAUUUUGGGAUCAUAAUUUGGGUUAUUUGAAUGAAAGCAUCAUCAGAUCAGAAAAAGUUCUAUUCUUAAAAUAUGAAAACCUAAGAGAAGAACCCAUUUUAUAUGUCAACAAAAUCGCAGAUUUUUUGGGCUUUCCUUUCACUCGAGAAGAGAAAAAUAAUAAAGUGAUCGAAAAUAUAAUUGAUUUAUGUGACUUUCAAAAGAUGAAGGAAUUAGAGGUAAAUAAAUCUGAAACUCUUAUGCAAAACAUUGACAAUAAAUUCUUCUUUCGAAAGGCUCAAGUAGGAGAUUGGAGAAAUUAUUUUUCCUCUUUGAUGGAAGAAAAACUAUCUAAAGUCGUGGAAGAAAAGUUAGGUGGAUCGAAAAUCAAAUUAGAGUGGCCCCUUCAUACUUCUAACAAAUGACCGAUGGUUCCUUUUUUUUAAUAAAGAGGUGUUUGUAUGGCAAAAAUGUUGUUUCUAUAUUUUUCUUUUUUCUUUUUAAAUAAAGAGGUAUUACAUGUAUAGUAACCAUAUAUGUGGUUACAUGUUAUUUCAGUUGUAACCAUUGAAUCAA